ACAGCUCAAAAUUGUGGCGUUGUAGCACUGUUGCGACUACACCGGAUUCUGACUUAACGAUCUCUUCUGUUCAGAGCAAGGUAGAUGGUUCAUCUCAGCUUCUGAUCUGACAUAGUUGGGUUUUGGGGUUCAUUUUAUCGGCUGUACGUUUUAUGUGGACUGAAAAAUCAUGGCUAAGUUGUGUUUUUAUUUUGCUCUACCGAAGGGGACAUGUUAAAUAGAUUUGCACUUUCUGUAGUGACUUUCAAAAUAAAAUGAAGUGACCGUUAGAGUUCUAUACUUCAUCUAAGAAACCAGGAGCGUCUCCUCAGUUUUAUUAUGAAGGCAGAAUAUAAGGUUUCCGGUCUCGAACAGUAAUUCCCAGCCACCUGAGCAAUCGGCUGUCCCAUAGUUUACAUGAGGUAUUAACUUGAUAACUGUGUUUCCGUGAGUGGACUUGUUGCCUGCCUCGCAUGUAUUCAGUUUAGUCACUCACUGGAGUCGACGUCAGUUUUUUUUUCUUCUCCGGAACAUUACCUCGGGAACCUCGAAUUAAAUACCGGUAGUUAAGUUUCCACGGAGGGUGUGAAGUCGAAGUGCGACACGUUACGUCACGCAAUUCUGUGUCCUGUCAGUUAUCAGAAUGAAGAGGCCAUAAGUGGCUUUUAUCAAAUACUAACACAGUUUUCUUUUAGAUCUAAGUUGUGUUGUUAUAACCCUCCAUGUUGUUGUACUUAUUUUUUACCCGCUUCAUCACAGCCCCAACCAAAGUUAUAUUGUUAAAAUUUUAAUAAGCUUACAUUAUCCAUAGCUACUGCAGAGACCCCAAAGCCCUGCGCGGAUAUGUAUUGUGAAGAAAUUGUUGUUUUCGGCGAAAGUUGUUGUACUGUAAGUACACAAUAAUUUGGUUUUGCACACAGAGUAUUGAAUUUGCGCGCACAUUAUUCACUCGCACAUUGGCACAAUAUAAUAUCUCAGACGAUAAAAGUCUGUCCAGAUGGAUAGCCUACUGAAGUUGUGGGCUUAAAGAAAAGAGGUGAGUGCACUAAGAUUAUCGAUAGACCUGGAUAUGCCUUUUUCUAAGACCAAACAGUGUUAUGGUGUUUAAAGGCCUUUAACAGCCUUUCAUGUUAUGCAGUUUGUUGUAGCUUAAAUUGUAGACUUUACCAAAGAAACCCCACUUUCCCCCUUCAAAAGCCUGUUGCACUCUGUAGCAUGGUUUGAGCCGAAGUGAUAUGGUUUGCAUCGGAAAUCUAAUUAAUCCGCAGUGAAAAUUUACUCGACCGUAGUCCAGUGGGCCACCCUCAAAGAAAUCCUUCAGAAUUUGAUCAGGAUUGCACAAAGACGCAACAUUAUGCUGGAGAUGGUUUGGGAAGACAAAAUUUUUGUAUUUCAUGAAAAAAAAAUCAAUUUAUAUUUUUUCUGUUUCCUCGUCAGUUUGUUUGCAUUAUUAUUAUAAAUUGUUUUAUUCUCAAAUAGUCCUACAUCUGACAAUAUACGUGUACGUUUUUAUCCAUACGAUGUCUGUGUUAAAAUCUUUUAAUAAAGUUAGUCUUAUUCACUAGUUAAAAACAGCUACCCCCUGACCUUUCAGCAGAUGUAACUGCCACUUUUGUUCAUUUUCUUAAAUUUUAUGAUUUUUUUUUUUUUUUCAGAUGGCUGAUGUGGAGCUGGUAAAGAAGAUGGUACAGGCUGUUCUCCAGGCCAAUAAAGGUGGAGUUUCAUUGUCCUGUUUAAAGUCAGAGUACAAGGAACUGACCGGAGAGCAAAUACCACACAAACAGCUUGGACACAGCCACCUGGACUCCUUGCUGGCCAGCAUGCCAUCUUUGGUACACUUGGAGCGAAAACCUAAUGGAGAGGUGUGCUUGUGUAACUCCCAUAUAACUUAACAAAAAAAAAAAAAAAAAAUUGGAAGAGUGUCAAAAUGUUAAUUGUAGGCCUAUGCAAUACAGUAAGACUGAUGAAACUAUAUAACCCCCCCCCCAAAAAAAAAAAAAAAAAGAAAAAUAGAUAAAUAAUAACUCUAUUUGUGUUUUCCACACUCCCUAGACAGUUUGUUUUGCAUCACAGGCCGAAGACACAACUCAGGUGGCCAAGGUGGUGGCUCGUCAGCGCAGCUCCAAGAAGACAGGCCGACCCCAUGUAGUCAACACCCAAAUGAGGGUCAAAACAGCUGCCCCACUUGUCCUGAAUGGUUAGGCAUCUUAAUUUAUCUUUUUCUUAUACUACUACCACAAAAACUACCAUACCUGCAAAUCCACAAACCACUCUAUAUAUCCACCAAACAUUAAAUGCAAACACAUCUAGUAAAGUGUGGUGCCCCAGAAUAUUCUCAGCUAGUUCGAUUGUAGUGUAGAGAAAAAGAAUGUCAGCAAGAGGGCCAGAGGGAUAGAAAAACAGGAAUUGUGAAAUGGGAGGGAUGAGCUGGACAGAUGAUGAUGGAGGGGUAAAUCAGAAAAGAGAAUGGGAUGUAAACAUGAGGCUGUUACAGUUUAUGGCUAUUGAGACUGCCUGCUUGCUUUUUAAAAAUAUAGAAAAACAAAAUUGCUUGCUUAUACUGGCAAAAUCCCAUGAAAUUCAGCAAGAACAGGAAAUAAUAAAGGAAAAAUUUCUACAACUUUCAAACAAGAAGGGGAUGAAAAAUCUACAUAAAGAAAUGCAAUAGAAGGAAAUCAUGGAAAAUGUGUUAUACUGUCACUUUGUAUAAAUGCAAUGUCAUGCAUGUUAUGCUGUGUGAAUAACAAAUCAUAACAGUGAUGACAGGCCUAACCUGUAGAAGUUUUACUUUGACCUCUGGGGUUAUCUUCAACAUACCAUUACUCUCAUGGAUAACAGAUCAGUUUUUGCGCUUGACAUCAAAUAGCUAUCCUACUUUACAGACUUAUAAUUCAGAUAUGGGUUUAAUGAGUGUUCAACAAUAGAGUUUUUAGUGGAUACUUGGCUAAAGUAUGGAGCAUUCAUAUACUGUAACCUUAAAAGCAUAGGAUUCCUUUUUCUUGUCAGUAAAGCUCUCAAUAGAGCCCCAAUUCAUAUUUACACACAUUAAACUUAACACAUAUUUAAACAGUCUCUUGAACUGUAUAAAUACCAGGAUUCCUACUUCCCUUUAGCUCACAAUAACAUAAGAUAAAAAUUGUAGGUUUUGCAAGAAAUACCUCCAAAAUGUAUAUGGGCUGUUACUUGUGGAAAUGAGAAUCAGCUUCAGAAAACGUAACACCUAACAACCCUUGAAAACCCAAGUUCCACAUUCUUUUGGUCUAAACUAGGUACCAAACUAAAGGCAAUGUCUGAGAGCAGCUGUAGAUAUGAGUGCAAUAUACGAACACUGAAAUAAUGGGUAGAGUUUCCUUUAGAGUCUGUUGGAUAUAUCUGAGUUAAUUAUUAUUUUUAUUAUUAUUAUUAGUUUUACUGCUUGUUUUUCAUUCUUUGUAUAGCCAAACCUCAAACCUCUCUGAGGCAGCCGAACCUACAUGGGCGGGUCGUGGGUAGAGGAGGUGGUGGAGGCCGAGGGGCAGGACACGGAGACUUAAGGCAAGCAAGAGACACGAGGGAUGGUCCAUCAGAGGGCAAGACCGGGACACACCCCAAUAAGAUGUCCAGUCAGAACACACCUAACAAGAAAGGGAAUUUACCUGCAGAGAAGUGAGUGAGGGGAGUGGUUCGGAGGUAACAUUUGAUCGAAAGGGACAAACUCAUCAAAAACACACACACAACAUUCUUAACUUCUAAAUUUGUUUAUGAAUAAAAAGUUAGGUUAAAACAGAGGGCUUAUUUUUUGUUUGUUUGUUUUGUCUUUUGGGAAUCUACAAUUUAAGAUAAAUCAUUGUAUGAUUUAGUGCCAGUCUUCAGUAAGAAAAUAUGAUUUUUGCUUGCAGCCCAGUGGUGAAGUUUCAGGUCUUUAAGUCGGUUGGUUUUUAUUGUACAAUCACAUUUGGUAUUCACCAAGCUGCUUCAGAAUUCAGAGUAGGAAGGUGAAAAAGACCAUCACACUUUAAAAAGACUUCAUCAUAUAUCAGAGCAUUUCUUUUAGAUUUAUCCAAAAAUUUAUUUAACACUUAAAAGUCCCACUCCAAUUGUUUUUUAAAACUACUUUAAGUGUUCUCAGUGGUCUUGAAAUUGUGAUUAGGAAGUUUUUGCCCGAAAUUACAUUACUUGUGUCAUUUUCAAAGGCUUUUUCUCUGCAGAGCUCCAGUAGCUCAUUGGCAAUUUGCCUCUGUGUCAUGGGUGGAGACAGCGCUGCUCUGCACACUCCUCUUCACACUCCUCUUCACGCUAGCUUGCAACCUAAAGUUGCUGGUGCAGCAGAAGUGGCAGGUUAUGAAGCUAUUCAGCUCUUGAACACUAACGUUUGGGGGGAGAAGGGGGCAUGAUGAAAGCUAAUACCAUUAUUAGCUUUAUUACAAGCCACUACUGCACAUAUUUAUUUAUUUUGUAUAUAUUGUAUAUUUAUACACAUGUAUACACACACAAUUAUAAUAUUUAUAAUAUGUGUGUGUGUGUGUGUGUGUGUGUGUGUGCGCGCGCUUGUGUAUGCAUGUGUGUGUUUAGGCACAUGUGUUUGUCAAGGUUUUGCAUGUCUUUGUCCUACCCCCCCCCCAUUAAGAACUCGGAACUUUAUGUUUUCCGUAGAUUUGUCUGAUUCUUUCUCCACCCUUCUGUCAUGUUUUUAUUUUACCCCUCACUGUCUUCUCCUCCAACUUCUUUCUUGCACUUAUUUGGCAUAUUUUCAUUGUUUUCCUGUUUUUGUAGAUGUGAGACUUUUUGCUUGUUAUAUGCUUGAAAGAGUUUUUGUCUUCUUCUAUUAUGAAUACCCCCACUUUCUGUAGACAUGGGCUUCAGUCCUAGUGUCAUUCAGCAUGGUUUAAAAUGGAUUUUAAAAAUCUGGCAUGUUAUGAUUAAAGAAAUCAGCUGGUAGUGUUUAUAUGAUCUGGCUGUAGUGCCUAAACAAUGAAUUGAGAACUGUUCAGGUCAUCCAAAAAUGGCUCUGUUCAUCAGUCAGCUGUGAAAAUGUAACUGACACCAGUCCUCUGUCAGGGUAACCACAGUUGUCCCAUGUGCCACUGGCCUCAACAGCACAAUGGGCUAUGGGGAGGGAACUCUAGUGUGCUGGCAAGGGACACAAGCCUAGAGCGGGGAGGAUGUGAGCCAUUUCUAAUCCCUGCCCUAUUCUCUGCCAGAUCAACGCUUCUAAACUGAAACAAAGUGAAUCAGCACAUCUCUCUGUAAGCCUUUGGAUCUUCCACUGGACAGAAUACUGGCAUUGCAGCAUGAGCAUUACUGUGUGUGGGGAAAUGUGUGUGUGUUCAAGUGUACUACAGGAUGCCUGGUUUGCACAAUUUGUGUAUUCAGUGUACAAAGUUGGGAGACCCAAAAUUGAAUUUGUGAAUACAAUCAAAACACAGGAGACAUAUAGUUGUCAGACAAAUGCUGCCUAUGUCAAGACAUGAGGUUUCAGAAAAUUUGGGCAGUUCUAUAGUAAGUCCGAAAACUUCCAACAAAAAACAAAACAAAAAGGGAGACAAAAUGAAAGCGCUGUCUUUAGCCAAGCAAAUUUAAUGAAGGGUUUAAGGUUAUCUGGUAUCAGAUUAUGUAGUUUGAUGCAGCAUUCACUGUGACAUAUGUCACAGUCUGUUUUUUUAGGAUUGAGAUUUUUUUAAAGACAUUAGUCCCUGCUUUUCUGUAUAGACAUUGAAAGGAACUUUGCGUAUUUUGAGCAUUAUUCAUCUAUAAGGUGAGUGGUGCUAAAAUACUGACAGAUGCUUUUUGUGUCUCUUCUUGGCAUAUCUUUUAAGUAUGUUCUUCCAAGUUUAUGUUUAUUCCAAUUUGUCAUAAACAGUUGCAUGGCGACAGGUUUGUGUUUUGAUUUGAGUUCCUACCUAGAUUUAUAUUGAUAGCUAGUUACAAAACUAGUCUACACAGUAUAACUUACCCCCUCUUGUCACUGUCAAAUAUAUACAUUGCAUUAAUAGGGUAACAGGGUUGAGAAUAGUGCUUACACAAGUUUCAGAUUUUAAAGGCCCAGAAAGAGCAUCUUGCAACUUCUCAAGGUCCUUUUUCAAGCAACACAAAUGCUAUCAGAUUAGCUCAGCAAGAAAUCAACAGUUGCUCUACAAAGCUGGCAACCUGGGUUUUCAUGUUGGCUCGAAAUGUAAUUUUUUUUAUUUUUUUAUUUUUUUAUUUAUUUAGAAGUCAGGACAUGCAAAUUAAUGAACAUGUACAGCAGUACCUGUAAAUAUGCCAGAUUAUACCCCAAGGGCUAAUUUCCAUCUGGAGUCCUCUAGGCAGGUUGAUGUUACAUUAUAAACAAAUGAAAAAAACAUAGAAUACAGUAUAAUACAUUUCAAAUGAAUAUAAAAACAGCAUAGAUCUAUACAACGGUAAAGUAUAUUACAAGUAUAAGACAAGAACAAUAAAGUAAGAACACAGCAAUAAAAUGGAAAAGAUAAUUGCAACGAGGAGGCCCAUUCAGCUUAGCAGGCUCAGUGUUACCUUUUAAACCCCCAGGACACAGUUCCAAGGAAAAGAAACUUUGUUCUUUUACCUGGUUGAAUAUUUUGCCCUAACUUACAGCGGAUGUGUAUAUGUAAUAAUAAUAAAAAGCCACCAGAAGCAGCAAACCCUAGAGUGAGCAGUCUAGAUGUGAAGGCUAGAAAAAGCAAAAAUCAUCCAGUCCUCUGUCUGCAUCAAGAUUAUUAAAAACUUUAUAUCCAAACAGUGCCAGUACAUUAGCACCUCCCAGGUCCAUUACAAGUUUUGGUUAUAAGAGUUGAUACAGUAACUGAAUGUGGCUGAAUUGAAAAGUUGGACUUGCUAUAGGGGGAGGGUACCACUGCUGAGUUGGACAGUGAAUGCAUUUCAAUAAAUCCCAGUAGUGAAGUGGAUCCUCUUGAGGAAAAAAAAAGGCAUCAUCACUAGGCGUCAUUAGAGAACUGCUUCAUUUUCCUAAGAACAGCAAACAAGUAUAUAUCACUGUUAUCAACUACAUUUACUGACUGGGUAUUCACUUUAAAUAGAUGCAAAUCUUAAAGUAAGACACUCCAGGGGUGCAACUGGCCUAGCAGUCUAAGCAUACUCUAGAUACAGGGGUCCUCUUAUGGACAACCAGGUUUCGAUUUCAGCCUGCAACCCCUUUCCUGCAUGUCACUCUAUGCUCUCUAUUUCUGUUUCCAAUUGACCAAUUACAGGCCAGAAAAGAGAAUGACUCUCCCGUCACGAUUCCAGAAGGAGGUACAUGCUCACCUUUCCAGGAACUCCCAACAGAGUAGUUGUAAGUAGGACAGGCUGCUUUUUAUUACACUAAAACACUGUGUGUACCCCAAGGAAGCCUGAAAUAAAUGGUACUAUAGCUUUGAGGCACCAAAUUGUUGCUUUUGUGUUUGGAGUUAAACCUGACACAGUCAGCAAGUUUAAGGAAUAGCAAAGUUCUAGAAGCAACAUGCUACCAUUAAAAAUGUUUAAUAUCUCUGCACUUCUGUGAACUUCUUUGAUCUCUUAGCACCCUUGAACUUAAAUGAAUGCCUCACUUCAGGGGAAGUGAAGCCCUACAAUCCUCAGCAAGUCCAGACCCACAUCAGGGAGAUAUUGGGGAUGUAUAGUAAUGGCUUCUGGGUUUCAAAGCUACCACAGAUCUACAAAGAGAUGUACAAACAGGACCUACCUACUGAGGCAAUCAAAGACCUGAAGGAAUGGACUCACAUAUGCACUGUAUGUACUUCUUUGUGUUAGGAAAGUUAUUCGUAACAUUUCAUUUAUAAAAGGGGCAUCUCUAUUUUCCUGAAAAGACCACACUCCUGCCAACAAUAAAUUAAUACAAAUCCUGAAAAAGUUUUUAAGCAUCAAUUCUUAGUCUACAAUAUUCUUGUCAUUCACAGUCUGGACUGCAUACCAAAUGGUCUUGUAAUAACAUGUCUGUUUUAUCUUUAAGGUUGAGAAAACCUCCAGCAGCAACACAUCAGAACUGUUACUCUACCCUGCCAAGGAUCAGAGCACUGCAUCCCCCCCUUCACAUAUACCUAAUCCAGGCAUCCCCUCUUCUCCUUUCCCUACUCCAGCCCCUUCUGCAGACAAACCAUUAUGUUUUUCUGCCCAGCAGGGACCCAUCCGCACCCACUUACCUAGCUCUAGUGCUCUGUCUUCUCAGUCUCAACUAUUGUCGUCUUCAUCCUUUAGCCCUCCCUCAUCCCCCACUCUCAGUCCCAACCUGAAGUUGAAACUGGAGGAGCUACUGGUCAAGUACUCCAAUGGACUGUGGGCUCAUGCACUGCCUAAGCUUUUCCAGGAUACUUACAAAGUCAGUGACAAUAUGAUACAUUUUCAUAACCAUACCAUUCCCUAAUUCACUGCACUAAAUUAAAAAAAAAUAUGUAUUUAUUUACAAGAUCAAACUGCCCAAACAUGUUCUGGAGAACCUUCACCUCCUCUCAGAUAUCUGCACUGUGGACUACCCAAUGCCAGACAACCCAAAGAGAGCCAUCUUAUACAGGCGGAACAGCAGUGGGUGUGGGGGAGAAGAGGACAGAAACUGUAAUCAGAGGAAAUCUGCACACAGUGAGGAGGAGCUGAUUGCGAUGCAUGUUCUUGCAAGAAGGCUAAGUAAUCAGGCUGUACCCUCUAUGCAGAUUCCCAAAGAGGAGUACCCCUCUGUGCUGGUGGUGGAGGCGACCAACACCAAUGGGGUUAUAAUAAGGUAGAUGUGAAGUGAUUGUGUGGAUGUUGCUGUAGGACUUGGCAGUUCAUUUACAUCACCUGUCUCUCGCCCCCACCCUCAGGUACAUUGGGGAGGGUUACUCCCAGGCACAGGAGUCAAUGGAGGAUGAAAUGAGGGAUUUUUAUGGUUUGAACCAAAGAAGUCCAUCUCUUCUUUCAUUUCCAUCCUCUGGGCAACUUGUUGCUGUAAAGGCUGAAGAAGAGGAGGAGAUUCUAAGGGCGCAAGUCUGUGAGGUCAUGGCGGACAAGGUCAAGGUGAGAAAUCAAAAAAACAGCCAAGCAUUAAACUUAGUGUUUCGUUAAAAGGCGUGUAUGGAGUGCGUUACAGCCAUUGGGUAUGGGUUAGGGUCGGGAUUAGGGUUAGCUGCAAAGAUUUAAUUGCAUACUCCCUUUGUCAUUGGUACACUGAAUGUUGUUGGUCUGUCAUAUCAAUCAAUCAAUUUUUAUUUAGAUCGUGCCAAAUCACAACAAUCAUUAUCUCAAGACGCUUCCAAAAAGAGCAGGUCUAGAUCAAACAACAGCAACUCAUACAGAGCCAAUAAUGAUGGAAGAAUAUGAGUUCCAUUUACAGGAGAAGUAAUGACAGUAAUGACAGACAGAUGUUAGACUAAUUUAAGGUGAUUAAAGUCAGCAGGUCUAAUGGUAGUUAACUCUUUAAAAGGACAAGAAGAUCUAAACCAGCCAUACAUGUCCAUUUAAAACUUCAUGCCAAAGAGCUGGUGCACUACUCUGUGCUUGGGCCCAAAAUUGUAUACAAUCAAAUGCACCGUGCAUGAAAGUAAGUUAUUUUCAUCAAAAUAGAAAGAGGUUACAAUAUUUUCUGUGGUCUGUCACCCCUGUGGUCUUUGCCCUUGGAUCUGUAGGUGUGGUAUGUGGACCAUGGCUUCUCAGAGGUGGUGUGCAAGACUAAAUUGCUUGAGCUACAUGAGAAGUUUUUCCAACUACCUUUCCAGGCAACCAAGUGUCAACUAGCAGGUAAGUCAGUAACUAGGAUAUGUCAUCAAUUAUCCCAAAAGUUUUGUUAGAUAACAAAACAGGAACUCUGUCUUCCAUAUCUAUCUAUCUAUCUAUCUAUCUAUCUAUCUAUCUAUCUAUCUAUCUAUCUAUCUAUCUGUCUGUCUGUCUGUCUGUCUGUCUGUCUGUCUGUCUGUCUGUCUGUAAUAGUAUGUAAUAGUUUUAGAGUACUUAAGAGCAACUACUUAGAUGGAUGGAUGGUUAAAUAUGUAUAUUUAUCUAAAUAUCAGUUAUUGCUUGUUGUUUUAUUAACAUAAAAUUAUGGUUUCAAAUAUUUUUUAUCCAUAUUAUUUUAGCUAAGGACCAAAAGUGUCAAUUAGGAACAUAGAGUUUACUUAAGGACUGUGGAUUUUGUUUUUUUUCAAAGUUAUACCUAGGAGUUUACCUGAUCCGGAUCACAUUAGCUUUGCUGUGCUGUGUGUGUGUGUGUGUGUGUGUGUGUGUGUGUGUGUGUGUGUGUGUGUGUGUGUGUGUGUGUGUGUGUGUGUGCGUGCGUACGUGCGUGUGUGUGCAUGUGUGCGUGCGUGUGUGUAUAGGCCUGGAGCCUUUCUGCCAGGAACCUGCUGUGCUAAAGAUGCUUGACAUUAUGGCAAGUGGAAAAAUCCUUCUUGCUGAGAUCGUAGAAAGAGGGCAGACUCCUAUUGUUGUUUUGUAUGACACAUCACAAGAUGAUGAUGUCAACAUUAAUGCUGCCUGCAUGAAAGCCCUGCAGGACGUGAGACUCACCAGCCCAUUGCAGGUACAGUAGAGUUUGGGUAUCAGUGUGUUUGGUAAGUGUUUAUUUGUACUCUGCUCUGAAUUUUUAUUACGGGCUCUUUGCAGAUCAACAGUGCCUACAUGAAUGUAACAAUAGGCAGUGUCUGCUCGGAUGGAACCAUCUACUGUCAGCUGCCCUCCAGAGGCCUUGCCAAGCUGCAUGACAUUCUGGAAAAUAUUGACACAUACUUCCACUCACAGGUUAAGACCAUACUACUUAUAGCUUUCUUUUGUUUCUAGAUUCACCCUCAGGCAGUCCCUGUCCUGGUUUAUCUUUCUUGUGCUUAAACUGUUAGAAUGGAGAAAAAAAUAUAUUUACAUAUUUUUUCUCCAUAUAUAUAUACAGUAUAUGUAUAUGUAUAUGUAUAUGUAUAUGUAUAUAUAUAUAUAUAUAUAUAUAUAUAUAUAUAUAUAUAUAUAUAUAUAUAUAUGUAGAUGAUAGAGAGAGAGAGAGAGAGAGAGAGAGAGAGAGAGAGAGAGAGAAAUAUACACUACAGGCCAUUACAGGCCGAACAGUUGGGAGUAACUUCAAGUUUUUGUUCACAAUGCUUUUUUUGAAAUCCAGCAUGAGUUUUAUGUAUUUUGGGAUGUAUUUACUCCAUGAUCAGAUGUUGCUUUCAUGGAAAUGCACCAUUUUACUCCAUUUACCUUUAGAUAUACAUUGAUGUUAGCAGACCAUUACUAAAUAUAUGUCAGCAAAAGAUAAUAAGGGCUUAGUUUUAGGGUUGAAAACAUUUGCAAGAGUCACAACUUCAGUGCAAUAGCAAAAAAACAAAUCACAGUUGGAUUAUUCACUUCAACUUUUUGGCUUUUGAGAGUCUGUAUACAAAAAUCCUAAUAAAUCUCAACUACGUUCAAACUACCGCAAAAGUGGCUAGAAAGAAGCAACUGAGUAAAGAAACAGAAGUACAGAUUUGUAGAUUAAGGAAAGAAGGAUACACAGAAAGAGAAAUUGCAAAACGCCUAAGGUGUUUAACAAAGGAGUCCACUACACUCUAAAGAGACGAGAGAAACCUGGAAGUUAUGAUGAUAGAAAAAGACCUGGACGAAAGAGAGUUACUACAAAAGCAGAGGAUAAACAUAUCAUUGUCAUCAGUAAGAAAGAUCGGUGAAAGACAACACCACAAAUAAGGGAGAAAAUCAACAUGAUAAGGUCGAAACCCAUAUCUCUGACAACCGUGAAAUGAUGUUUGAGAAAGCUGGUCUGAAGGGUUGUGUAUCUGCAAAAAAAACAUUACUUCGUCCACAGAACAAGAAAAAGAGAUAUGAGUGGGCAAAAGCUCACAAAAAGUUUGCACUGUUUGGUUCAAAACGCAGAGCCUAUGUCCGCAGACAAACUGGUGAACGUCUGAACGCACCAUGUGUUACACCCACAAUUCAGCAUGGAGGUGGUAGUUCCAUGGUAUGGGGAUGUUUUGCAGGUGAUGGAGUAGGAGAUUUGUUUGAAGUAAAGGGUAUCAUAGAGAAGGAACAGUACCACUCCAUCCUCCAGCACCAUGCUGUUCCAUCUGGACUCAGACUUGUGGCUCAUAAGUUUGUUUUGCAGCAAGACAAUGACCCUAAGCACUCUGCCAAGCUCUGUCAGGGUUACCUAGACAAAAAAGAAGAGAAAGGUGUUCUUCAAAAGAUGGUUUGGCCCCCUCAGUCUCCAGACCUUUCUCCAAUUGAGCUUGUGUGGGAUGAAUUGGAUUGAUCGGUCAGAAAAAUGCAUCCCAUGAAUCAGCAGUCUCUUUUUAAUGAACUUAAGAAAGCUUGGAAUGCAAUCCCUGGAACAUACCUUAAAAAACUUGUAAAACGAGUGCCUGGCAUAGCCAGAGAAGGUUUCUUUAAAGAAACCAAAGUCUAAGCAACAAUAACUCUAAUACCUAAUAAUUAUAGUCAAAAUGUCUUCUGAUAAGUUACUCUUUACACAAUAGUCAUGUUUAUUGUGUUGCAAAAUAUAUUAAUGAAACUAUGAUUUUUUUUGUACAAAUCUGAUCUUGCUUCUAAACUUUUGGCCUGUUGUGUAUGUACAGUACAUAUUUUAGUUAGAGGUAUUACAGUCAUCCACUUGCUUUAAAGACGCUUUAAGUAAAAACUGGCACAACUCACCCCACUCUCCCCUAUUGUGCUAUGGCAGUCGUUAUUUCCCUGUUUCUCCAGCUGCUCUUGUCAUUCAGGCUUACACUGGCAAAUGAUGCUGUAAUUGUAGUCAUCGUUGUUGCUAAAAUGGGCCUGAGACUCAUGUUCACUAAACUUUUUACCAACCUUUUUCGUCAUGCACUCCUCAUGCAAGUGCCUGUGGGGAUUUAUUUAAGUGCCACUUCCAAACUUUUUGGCCUGUAGUGUGUGUGUACAUAUAUAUAUAUAUAUAGAACUUUCUGAAGUUCUUCAACAGAUUAAUACUUUUUUUACACAGCUUUUCCAAACAUCCUAGUUUUAUUUUGGAUCCGUACAUUAUUUUACUUUGCACACAGAAACAAAAUUAUUUCACAAAAACCAAAAACUACCAGGGUCAAAAAUAUUAGCCCCCCUGAGGCUGAUAGUCCAUUGUGGGUCCUUUUUGUUGGAUAACAGCAUGCAGUCAGUUGCUGUAGUUUGUAACAAGGCUCUGGCACAUCUUCUGAAGAAUCCCAGCCCAUUCCUCUUUGGCAAAUCUUUCAAGCUCCUUCAGAUUUGAUGGUCUACUAGCAUGGACCCUGGUCUUCAGUGCAGCCCACAGAUUUUCAAUGGGAUUUAAGUCAGGGCUUUGUGCAGGCCAGUCAAUAACGUUCACUUUGGUUUCCUGGAGGCAGCUCCUCACCAGGAGUGCUGCAUGUUUUGGGUCAUUGUCAUGUUGGAAGACAAAGUGACAACCCAGACCCAGUCUUGCUGCUGACUGCUUGAGGUUUUCUUUCAGAAUCUUCACAUAUCCUUCUUUCUUCAUUAUUCCUUCAACCUUGACAAGAUUCCCAGUUCCAGAUACACUGAAACAUCCCCACAGCAUUAUGCUCCGACCACUGUGUUUAACUGUGGGGACAGUGUUCUUGGGGUUAUACACCUCUCCCUUCUUUCUCCAAACAUAAGCAAUGUCUCUGUGACUAAAGAGCUCUAGUUUGGUCUCAUCUGACCGAAGAACACAUCUUCAGUUUGAACAAUCUUUCUCCAGAUUGUCAGUUUGAUUUGAAGGUGUCUCUUUUGUAGAAGUGGAGUUAUUCUUGGCCUGCAUCCUCGCAGUCCAUUUCUGUUCAGGGCUCUAGAGACUGUCUUGUUUGACACUACAAUUCCUGUCUUGGCUAAGUCACCAACUUCUGUUUUGAUGGUUGUUCUAGGUUGUUUAGACACAUCUCCCACCAGUUUUUCUUUCCAGUUUCUUAGAAAUUUUUUGCUUCCUACCUCUCCCAGACUUGUUCUGUGCUGUGUGACUCUCCUUGAAUUUCUUGGUGAUACUUCUCACUCCACUUCUUGAUACUUGGAAACGCAGUGAUACAUUUUUAUAUCCUUCUCCUGCUUUGUGAGCAUCAACAAUUCUUUUUCUAAAGUCUAAACUGAAUUCUUUUGUAUUUGCCAUGAUGCCUUCUCAAGUGACAGCUCAUACGCUUAACAAGGUUUUUAUACAGUGUGUAAAGUGUAGGACAACCCUUUGUUUUCACUUAAUUGAUUGAUUGAUUACAAGCUGUGAACACUCGAAAGUGAAAGCAUAUGACUGCACAACAGUGGUUUUUGUUUUGGCUCAAUAAAAACAUCAAUUCUUAAGGGGGCUAAUAUUUUUGACCCUGGUAGUUUUUGUGAAAUAAUUUUGUUUCUGUGUGCAAAGUAAAAUAAUGUAAGGAUCCAAAAUAAAACUUGGAUGUUUGGAAAAGCUGUGUAAAAAAAUCAUUAAUCUGUUGAACAGUACUUGGGGAAUUUUGGAAAAAAACUUGAAAAUUCAUGGGGGGGGGGGGGGGGUAAUUAUUUUGGCCUCAACUAUAUAUAUAUAUAUAUAUAUAUAUAUAUAUAUAUAUAUAUAUAUAUAUAUAUAUAUAUAUAUAUAUAUAUAUAUAUAUAUACGUACACAGAACAGUGUUAUUGUGUGUUAUUGCAGUAAAUGAGAAGAGGCCAAUUUUGUCUCUAUAUCUGUCCUUAUGUCUUACCAAAGGCUUAUAGCUGUGUUAACAGGCUAAGACUGUCCUUGAUAGAAAGUAAACAAUUUUCAGCAGGAAUUACACAUCCUUUUCCUCCUCUUGCAAAAAUUCAAACUGUGUUGUUCUUUCAGGUGGAUUUCGGGGCAGAUGGAGAUUAGGUUGAUAAUCUGCAGUUAAGACAUUGCCAAGCCCAUUAAUCUAUUAGUGGAAUGGUUGCUUUUUUUAGCAGUGCUUCUUCUGCCCUUCAAAGCAAAUUGCUCUACUCAUUACCCCUAUAUGUGGUGUUUAUGUGGAGCAUUUCAAAAUAUGGUGACAGUGCAUUUCAAAACAUAAAACAUUUGGAGUAGUGAUAUGUACAUUAUACAUUUUUAUGACUAACUUUUUAUGAAUAAGUCCCAUAUCCCCGGCAUAUCCUUACAAACUGGAUGAUGUUGUUCUUUUUAUUCUAAUCUCUUAUCUGAAGGGGGUUCAGGUUAAUGCAAAAUUUAAUUUUUGGUCGGAAAAUCCAAAAUUGAGACCAGUGAAAUGCUAAUGUUUAUCUGUUUGGAUCAUUUUCUGCAUUUGGUUUUAAACUUUGGUUUUUAUUGUUUUUAUUGCAGUUCAUGGUGUAGCAGACUAGGUUGAGCUGUUAAAUGUAUGCAUAAGCAUUUAAUUGAUCAAUUCUUUCAAUGAAAAAAAUAUCUGUAAACUCAAAAAUAUUAUUUCACAAGAACACUAAAAUUCUUCAUGUAUCAUAUUUUUCAUCCAGGUAACAUCAGAGUUCCUGGUGUCCAGACCCUUCUGUGGAAAAGAAUGUCUGGCUCGCUACAAAGGCAAAUGGUCCCGUGUAGAGGUAGGAUACCCCAAGAGUAGGAAUCAAACAGAGACUUAACAAAAAGCUUAUUGAUCCAAAAUACUGUACUAUGUCCUCUACACAUGAAAAUGGUCUAACAACAUUUUAUGUAUUACCCUGUCCUUCCAUACAAGCUUGAGGCACAAUUUGUUUAUUUUUUCCAAUGCUAUGGUAAUCUGGGCUUUCUUAAACUGGCAGUUCUUGUCUUAAAGGGAUAUUCCGGCGUAAAUUUAAGCCAUGGUCAAAUACAUUGUAACACUGAGUUUUGUGGAAAUUUAGGGAGCCCCCAUGUAAAAAGGCUUAUGUUUCUCCUUUAGAUAACCAACCUACAUGGCAGCAGAGUGCUUGACAUCUUGUUCAUUGAUGUGGGUGUCCAGGCUUCUGUAGAAGUGUUUGAGUUGAGAGAGAUCCCGCAGUCAUUUCUCCGUGACCUCAUCGCAAUCCCACCCCAGGUCAGCAUUGAUACCCACAAAAAAGGGGGAUUUGAUACAGAGUCAAGAGCAAUAAACAAAGACAGUUAUUGUCAUUCACUGUUGUAUCUUAAGUAUUAUCUACAAAAUAACAACCUCUGUUUAGGCUGUGAAAUGCUAUCUGGCAGACCUGGCUGUCAGUGUUGGAUCCUGGACUCCAGAUGCUAUCCAGUGGCUACGAGAGAAAGUACUUAACACAACAGACUGUAGCAUGAAAGUAAGUCCUAACCACUACUGGUUGUGUUUUUCUUGUGUCCAGUGAUGUGCAAGCUGCUUGUAAAGUGUAGUGUGCUUAGCCAGUGGUUUGUCUUCAUUAACAACUAGUUAAUUUUAAUGUGGUUAAACAUACCAGUCUUUUAAUAUAAUGAAAUAUGACAGCCAAGAGCUUUUUGCCAAUCAGUCAAUCAAUCAAUCAAUCAAUCAAUCAAUCAAUCAAUCAAUCAAUCAAUCAAUCAAUCAAUCAAUCAAUCAUUUAAAAUGUUAACAUCUCAAAGUGAUAUACUGUAAAAACGGCAGGUCUAGACAAUACUCCCUGUUGCAUUGUAUUGUGGAAGUUUCACAAGCCUCUUUUCCUCAUGGAAAUGGUGCUGUCUUUCCUGUUUCCGAUUUAACUCAUGACAACUUGUUUCCCAACUAAUGUUCACUAUAUGCUCAAAAAAAGUGGAGGUCUCCUCAUAGAUAAAAAUGGAUUUUGCAUUAAAGGUCCCACAUUAUGCAAAAUUCACUUUAGAAUGGUUUUCUAACAAUAAUAUGGAUCCCCAGCCUGUCUACAAACCCCCCAAAAUGAGAAAAUUCUAUCAUCUCCCUAUCUUGCUUGUUCCAUCUUUAACUGGCUUUCAGUAAAUGUCUGCUCAAAUGGGCAGAUUGAAACUAUUGCCUCCCAUGACCUCAGGGAUGGUGAUAACUCCUCCCCUCCAGGUUGGUGACCCUGUCCAAGCAGCAAAGAAGUCUGUUUCCGUAGAGUCCAAGAAUAUAGUCACAAGAUAAAACUAUACUUACAAUAUUGUGCAUUCACCAAAAGAGCUCCAAGUAACGAGAAGAUCGCGGAGAUGUAACCAUUAGCAGGAGCUAAUGUUACCUAGCUACAUGUAAGUCACUGUCUACCAACACACAAACAAAAUAACAAUAAAAAUAUUGAGACACAUCAUAUUUGUAACUGACCAUUCAGAAACGUCCUGCUGCAGCCAUAGAGCUAGAAUUUCUUGAGGAGCCUCUCCUUCUGAGUCAGACUCUGGAUCAAACUGGUACGGCUUGACCACAGCACUUCUACGAGCCAUACCUAGCACUCUGUGUAAACAUUAGCGCAUGGUACUGUCGCACAAGCUACACCCCCCUCUUCCAGAGAGACAGCUUGCACUGAAGGAGGCAUUGACAGGCGCGGCACACAGAAACAGCAUGUUCUCGAUAUGGCUCACUAGAGAGAGUUUUCAGGCUGGCUGAAGUCCAGGAAAAAAAUGGGUUUUUAGACAACAAACUUCAAAUUAGCUGUUCUGGGACCUCUGAGACCUAUGUGAACCUGCUGAAAAGGAGUAUAAUAUGGGAACUUUAAGGCACUGUUUGGGCCAGACCAACUUGAACAAAAAAAAAUCGCUGAGCCUUCUAGAUUUUCAGUGCAUGACACACUGUUCAUGAUGACAGCAUGACUGGUCUGUCAUUAUCAUGCAUGCUAAAAUGAAAGCCAACAUACUGGUUUCUCCUGUCUGAUGCAUCCAAAGGUACAAGGAAAAGCCAGCAAGUACAAGGUUUACCCUAAUUAUUUGUACAAAAGUGGGCUGCUUGCCAGAAAUCAGUAGUGUAUGAUCUACUGACAAAAAUAUGCAGUAAUAAAAAUGGAUUGGAGAGCUCAACCUGUUACCCGCCAAAAGCUUCAAAUUAUCUUUUAAUGUAUUUUUGGCAUUUCACUGUGAUCAGAUAGAACAGCUGAAGUGAAACAGGAAAUAUGCCUUAAGCACAGUUCCACUCUACUUUUGGUCUUUGGUCUUCUCCCUCACUCUCCUCCUUUUUUCCCCUCUGCAUGUACCUCCAAACUUUGACAUCCCUCCAAGGUUGCCAAAGUAGAUGAAAACAAGUGUUGCAUAUACAUCUACCUUUUCACUGACAAGAACUUCCAUGACACGACCCGCAGCCUCAACCAUCAGAUGGUCCAGUCUGAUCUGUUCAAACAUAAGCCAGAUGUUUUCCUGACAAGCCACAGGUUUCCACUGCUUCUAAUUCUUUAUAAACCUCUCACUUCCAAAUAAUGUAAAGCUAAAUUUAUGCUUAAUCAUAUAUUUUAUAUCAAUAUUUCUUAACCUAUCAGCCCUGCCAAGAUGUCUGCACCAACUUCAUCUUCCAAGACUUCUACCAGUGACUCAGCUAAUGGGAGUGAAGCAUCAUCUAUUGUUCCAAACAAUCCCGAUGUCAAGAGGGCUCUAUCAGGACCAAGAAGAGGCACAGGAGGCAACACAACCACUUCAAGCCCACCAGAGACACCAUUAUUCCCAUUUUCUUUUCUCCAGCUUCCACCAUUGCUAGAGCUCCCCCCAGCAGGUGGUAUAAAUUACUGUAAUACAAGAAAGAAAAUUAUCCACAGGAAAAAAAAAGAUCAGUUAUUCAAAAUUUUACUUGUUGUUACUGUACCUUAAAAAUAAUUUACACAUACUUUUUUUGUUCUUAGGAAACAACAUGGAUGUUUAUGUUUCAGUGGCUUGCCAUCCAGGCCACUUUGUGUUGCAGCCCUGGAGAGAUAUGUACAAACUGGUGGUGCUGAUGGGAGAGAUGAUUCUUUACUACAACAAAACUGAGGAAGAACUACUUAACAUUAAGAAAAAUCAGAUAUAUGCAGCAAAAGUGGAGAACAAGUGAGUUGAAAAGUGAUUUUGUUUUAUUUUAAUAAGAAUAUUGAUUGUUAGCUUUUUUUAACCAUUUUUUAAUUCAAACAUCUCUUUGAUUUCCAUGAAGUACUUGUGGCACCUGAACAAACCAAUAAUGCUGAAUUUUGUCUGCUCCAUAGAUAAGAUAUUUAGGCACAUUCCUUUUUUAGUCCCACAGGGGAAAAUUCAAAUCUAUCUAUCUAUCUAUCUAUCUAUCGAUCUAUCGAUCUAUUGAUCUAUCGAUCUAUCUAUAAUUGUAUUUUUUAGAUAUAAAACAGAGUACUUCAGAGCAACUCAUAGAUUGAUCGAUGGAUGAUAGAUGGACUAUCUGACAGAGAGAGAAAGAAAGAAACAUACAUAAAUACAUUGUUUUAUCAACUUAGAAAGAAAGAAACGUUAUUUGUAGUUCAACAGUUGUAUUUUGUUAUUAAUAUUUUGCUCAUCCUUCCUCUCCCUUCCCAGCUGGUAUCGUGUGUUAGUGAAAGGAGUUCUAUCCAAUGGAUUGGUGUCUGUGUAUGAGUUGGACUAUGGUAAACAUGAGCUAGUAGGCUGCACCCAGCUCAGACCUUUGAUUAAAGAUUUUACACAGCUGCCAUUUCAGGGAAUCACUGCUCAGCUUGCAGGUAGGUGUUGGGACUUGGUGGGAGUGAUUUCAUUUGUUAAUCAGAAUAAUAAGAAUCAAAUCUGCAAUCAACAAUGAACAGACCCUUACACUAUAUUGCAUGUUGGGGCCUGUUGCUGUUGAAGGAUGUACAGCAGAAUCAAUCAGUUUUAUUUACAAUAUUUAGCGCUAAAUCACAACAGUCAUUCCAAGAUGAAUGUUCCUGUGCUGCUGCAAAAAGUUUGAAAUCAUAAGCGGUACAAUCAAUAUAAGAAAAAUGUGGAUGUGAAUAGGCUUAGGGCAAUAUCAUUAGCAUUACUGUUAAAUUUUAGGCACACACGUCAGUGAAACUUGAUAUGGGACUUAACACCACUUAUUUUUGAAAGCUGAUGCUUUGAUUUAAAUGUAUAUCGAGAUGAGGUCAGACUGGCAUCAUUAUCAACUGUGUGAAAUUCAGUGCAAAUGAGACAUAGUAUGUCGACAUUAAUACUAUGUAUUUCACAGGAUGGAGCUAUAAGUGUAGUUAAAAUGUCAGAUGUGUUUAUGGAUAGAUCUUGAUCAUGUGUAUGAAAUAUCAAAUAGUUGGGGUUACUGGCACUGACAUCAACAAAACCAACAAUCUCACCUUCAGGGUUACACUCUUUCACCAAAACUCACAGCUUAAACAAAAAUGUUUGACCAAGGUGUGAAGACUAUUACUGAUGAGGAUAUAGGUAGCAGAGUCAAGAUGGGACCUUCUGUUUUCUAGCAUAGGGCACUAUAGUUAUUAGUGAAUGUUUAUGCAUUGUUGAUGCAUUCAGCUCUGGACAGUGCAUGACACUUUUAGAUCUGAUCCAACAUUUUACUUAUAAAAGUUUUUUGGGGAGUUUUUGAGCCUCAUUCACAGCCACACCCUAGGAAGGGAGAUCAGAAAACACAUGGAUAGAAAUGUCGUUUGAUUUUGAGGGGUGAUAAUCCAAACCAAAUAAAACAGGAAGUUAACACAUAAUGUAAGGUUUUCAAAUAUGGGGAAAUGACUGCAAGACACUGAGUUGAAAAUGUAUCCUUCGUUGUGUAUGACAGCAACCCCACCACCUCAGCCAGACAGCCUCUAUUUCUGAGCAUAGGUAGGAGGAAAGUAAAUUGUGGAGGGAUUUCUUCAUUCAAGACACUACAUCCCUGUGUUUCGGAAUGUCAUGCAAAAACUGUGUGAAGUUGUUGGAAGUGAUAAAAAUCAUUGCAUUAAAAGAGUUUUUUUUAUUAAUGAGUGCACAUUUUAAAGACUGACUUUUUCAACUGUGCUGUGGUGGAGUGCUUAAUGGGACGUAAAUUAAAUUAUCUGUAUUUUUACAUUUCCACUGGGCUAAGUUAUUUGCUUUAUAGGUCUGUUGUGAAAGAUGUUGGGCUAUUAAGAACCACCAAACCAGUCAGAGGGGCUAGAGUAAGGGGUAGCACCAGAUGACAAGGAAGAGCUCAAACUGUUGUGUGGAGGAGAAGGUGUAUUUAGCAACCCCAUCUGUUGGACAGGAUCCUUAGGCAUUUGAAAAGUAAGGUUUGGUGCCAAAACAGGUAAAAAUUGUGCACAACAGAUUAUGAGAACUGUAUUUGGGUGUGCACACUAAAUCACUCAGCUCCAGAUCCAAGUGUAGGAACAGGGUGAGAGACAAAAAUGGUCUUUCUUGGUGAAUUCAGACUCAGGACAGGAUGUGUCAGUUGUCUCUACAUGAAAUAUGAUUCUUGUGUUGGAGAGAAGGAGAGAGGGAAGUAUUAAAAGGGGAAACCCCUUCUUAAGGGAGACCCCUUUGGCAUCUACAAAACAAGGAUACACACUUCUUGAAGUAUCAGAGGUCUCAAAUCAAUAUAUCAUUAAAUCCUUAAUUCAAUUAAAAGAUGUAACAACCAAGGUAAAUCUUCUAUGUUGCAUAAAAUCUUUACAAUAUAUCAAUGAACGUCAGAUAGAACUCAUUCCUCAUCCCUGUGUUUUUGGCAGGAGUGAAGCCAAGACAGUGGUCGGAGGAAGCUUCCAUUGUUUUCAGGAAUCAUGUGGAGAAGAGACCUCUUGUCGCACAGCUGGAAGCUGUGCAAGAGGCCCCUUAUCCCUGGGAUAGGAAGGCAGUAGUCUUCCUGGUAGACACUUCACAGGAGGAAAAGGACAUUUGGGUGCAUGACAUCAUGGCUGAAUUUGCAGAGGAGCUGGCCAAUGAGCUGUAGAAAACAGAUGAUCAUGGAUGAAAUUUUCUUUCUAAACAGUUAUCUUGCUACUUUGCAUAGCCAUUUCUCAUAGUUAAAGCGUAUCCAUUUUCAUCUGUCUACAACUGGGUGAUAAAAGAAAUUUGGUGUGAAAAAAAUAAUGAAUUACUAAAUAGAGAUAGCGUGGUUUGAUAACAUGAUCCCAACUGGUACUGACAGAAUGACGCGAUGUGUAGGGGGUUUUAGACACUUUGGAUUUUGGAGAUGUACACUCAAUAAACUUGGG